ACUGAGUAAAAAAAAAAAAAAAAAAAAAAAAAAAAAAAAAAAAAAAAAAAAAACAGCAUCAAAAGAGAAGAAACACAACGAAGGAAUCAGGAGUGAGAGAGUGAAAACUAAAAAAGGAAAAAUGAUAUACAGAAAAUGGAGUUUGCUCAGCAGCACCGCGGUUGUCACCGCCGGAAUUGUCGGUGCCGUCGCUCUCGGAGAUCUCCUUUUCAAUCGCAAAGAUCCUUAUCCGGUACCAAAAUUGAAGAAAGACAAUGCAUUGUCAUUGAAGUAGAAGUAUUUCUCAAGGCUGUAUUGUUUUGACCCGAGCUUCUUCUGAAAUUUGUUUGUUUUAAUGCAAUGGAACUGUUGAAUAAUAUCUUACAUGAAAUUGUAGUUGUGUAGCCGAAUAAAUUUCACCUUGUGGUUACAGACAGCAUUUGGCAUAUCAUGCCUACAAAAUUAAUGGAAAAAUCUUUCUCAUAUCAUUUCUCACUUGCUCUUUUUUUUUCAUUGCAUCUCUAGCGCAUCACAGUGUAAAUUUAUAUUGGAUGAUAUGUUUGCGUGUUAUAUGCCUACUGAGUUGUGUCACAAGUCAUGCUAUAAUUUGUGUCAAGAAAUGAUAGGAACAAAUCAUAUACUACGUAAUUAUAUUAUGUUAUGUUUGGAGGUAGUAAUUAUAUUAUGUUCUGUUUAGUUUUGUUUUCUGUCAGUUAAAUUUCUUGGGCAUUCUGUACUUCUGUUAGCCGUUGCAUUUCGUUUGAGUUUAAUUGGCCAGAAUAAGAUAAAUUUAAACUCAUGUAAGCAGCUAUUUUAUGGUUCUAUCACUUUGGUCAUGUAGUUAAAGAUCUUUGCAUUAGUAAUUUAGUACAAAGCAAUUUGGAAAAUUCAUAAAAUGCCAAUUUUUUUGGGCCACUCACUAUUUUUGGCAUCAACCAUUAUCUUAUCAUCUUAUCAUAUCCCUUCUACCCCUGAAUUCAAUGAUAACUCUUGCUGAAAAUUUUUGGAGAUGCUACUUUCUUUCUGCCCAACGUCUAAGGUCUGCUUCUCACACCUUCGAAGUUCAAGCUACCAGUCCCCGUUGCCUCCUCCUGCCAGUGCCAUUGUCAUCUGCUCUCUGUCUUCUUCCCCUGCCACUGCCAUCCGCUUCCGCACUUCAUACCGUGAAAAACUAGCCUACCUAAGAAAUCUUGGCAUUGUAGAUUCGAAUCCGAAAAGCACCAAUGUGCCCUCUCAUGCGAAUUUGGAUAAAAUUCUCACCAUCAUCAAAUUCCUAAAAUCUAAAGGAUUUUCAGAUAGUGAUAUCCCAAAACUUACUACCAGUUGCCCUAAACUCUUCUUGUCUGAUCUUGAACCAGCUGAUAUUGGACCUGUAUUCAGUUUCUUGGCUACUGAGGUUGCUGCGUCUACUCGUGAAUCCUGUGGACUUAUUCUUUGCUGUCCUGAUCUCUUGUUCUCCAAUGUUGACUACUGCUUGAGGCCAACACUCGCCUUUCUUACAAGCAUAGGUCUCGAGAGGCUGAAUUCACCAACUAAUCUCAACGCCCACCUUCUUAAUACGCGUGUUAGUAAGUUUGAGACUAAGCUUGACUUCUUAAGGAGCAUUGGGUUUACAUAUGACGAGUCAAUAAAAGCAUGUGCGAGGCUGCCUGCAAUUUUCGGGUAUAGCAUUGAGAAUAACAUGGCGCCGAAGGUUGAGUACUUGGUAGAAGGGAUGCAAAGGAGCAUUGAUGAAAUAAAAGAGUUCCCCCAGUACUUUGCAUUUAGCUUGAGAAGAAGAAUAGUGCCUAGGCAUAUGCAUUUGAUGCAAAGGAGUGUCCAUAUUUCAUUGAAGAAAAUGCUGUUGAGUGGUGAUGAUAAAUUUUAUGCCAAAUGGAAAUGAAUAUGUAGUCUUUCCCCCAUUGUUCAGCUAGUUUGUACAGGUCAAAAUUUUCCAGAUUUAUGUAAUUUCUAUUUAUACUAAUCUAAGACAACAGAAAGGCCCCAUUUUCCUUUCUUAA